AUGCCUGGAUUCUCGCAGGCUACUGACCUCAGCUCCUGGAAGGCUCUCCAGGAGCACCACACCACCCUGGGCCGCAACAUCGUGCUCAAGGAGUACUUUGAGAAGGAUCCCCAGCGCUUCGAGAAGUUCAGCCGCACCUUCAACAACACCGUGGAUAACUCGGACAUCCUCUUCGACUUCUCCAAGAACUUCCUCACCGAGGAGACCCUGGGCCUGCUCGUGAAGCUGGCCAAGGAGGCCGGUGUUGAGGAGCUGCGUGAUUCCAUGUUCCGCGGUGACCACAUCAACUUCACCGAGGAUCGCGCGGUCUACCACGCCGCUCUGCGCAACACCUCCAAUGAGCCCAUGGAGGUUGACGGCAAGAGCGUCGUCGAGGAUGUCAAUGCUGUUCUUGACCACAUGAAGGAGUUCUCCGAGCAGGUGCGCAGUGGUGAGUGGAAGGGUUACUCUGGCAAGAAGAUCGAUACCAUCAUCAACAUCGGUAUCGGUGGCUCAGAUCUCGGCCCUGUCAUGGUCACCGAGGCCCUGAAGCCCUACGGCCAACCCGGCAUGAAGCUUCACUUCGUGUCCAACAUUGAUGGUACCCACAUCGCCGAGGCGAUCAAGGACUCUAACCCCGAGACCACCCUCUUCCUUAUCGCCUCCAAGACCUUUACCACCGCCGAGACCACCACCAACGCCAACACCGCGAAGCAAUGGUUCCUGGAGACCGCCAAGGACGAGGCGCACAUCGCAAAGCACUUCGUUGCUCUGUCCACCAACGAGGCCGAGGUCACCAAGUUUGGCAUUGAUGCCAAGAACAUGUUCGGCUUCGAGUCAUGGGUUGGCGGCCGUUACUCCGUCUGGAGCGCCAUUGGUCUGUCCGUGGCUCUGUACAUUGGCUUCGACAACUUCCACCAGUUUUUGGCUGGUGCCCACGCCAUGGACAAGCACUUCCGCGAGACUCCCCUGGAGCAGAACAUUCCCGCCAUUGGUGGUCUGCUGAGCGUCUGGUACAGCGAUUUCUUCGGCGCCCAGACUCACCUGGUUGCUCCCUUCGACCAAUACCUGCACCGCUUCCCCGCCUAUCUGCAGCAGCUGUCCAUGGAGAGCAACGGUAAGGCCAUCACUCGCUCCGGCGAGUACGUUAAGUACACAACCGGCCCCAUCCUGUUCGGUGAGCCGGCCACCAACGCCCAGCACAGCUUCUUCCAGCUGUUGCACCAGGGUACCAAGCUCAUUCCUGCCGAUUUCAUCAUGGCCGCCGAGUCGCACAACCCCGUCGAGGGCGGCAAGCACCAGCGCAUGCUGGCUUCCAACUUCCUCGCCCAAUCCGAGGCUUUGAUGGUUGGUAAGACCCCCGAGGAGGUCAAGGCCGAGGGUGCCCCCGCCGACCUUGUCUCUCACAAGACUUUCCUGGGCAACCGUCCCACCACUUCCAUUCUGGCUCAGAAGAUCACCCCCUCCACCCUGGGUGCUCUGAUCACCUACUACGAGCACGUUACCUUCACCGAGGGAGCUAUUUGGAACAUCAACUCCUUCGACCAGUGGGGUGUCGAGCUUGGCAAGGUCCUGGCUAAGAAGAUCCAGAAGGAGCUGGAGACUGACGGUGAGGGCGGCGGCCACGAUGCCUCCACCAGCGGUCUGCUGCUUGCAUUCAAGGCAAAGGCCAACUUGGCGUAG